UUGAACACACACAUUGACUUGCAUAUUGGAAAACGGGUACGAACGAGUUGCGUCUCUCUCACUGGAAAUGGUUAUGACGUGUUGUGAAAGUAAAAAAAAUGUAGGACAUUAGACUACAAAAGAGCAUUAAUUCAGCAGGGACAGUAUUUAUUUUGUGAAAAUAUCACGUGCGAGGAAACAACCAAGCCACGAAUGAAGUUUCAGUCUUGGGAUAAUUGUAUUCGAAGGAUAUAGCAGUUUUAACAGAACGUAAUAUUGGCUGGUUAUACCCAAGGAAAAUACAAAAAACAAAAAAUACGAUAAGUGAUGCCCGUUUGUCUCGUUCUAAUUCGUCCGAUAGCCUCGUAAACCACAUGAUGAUGCAGAGAGGGAAACGACACACUUAGCCAAUGCAGCUGUUGUUAAUGGCCCUCUGCGGUCGCUCUAAAACUGUUUGUUUUUUAUUCUAUAAAAUACAAUUGCACCCGGAAGCAAAAUAGCUAUUGCAAAUAGUGAAAUUAAUGCGUUUUGUUGGAAUUUAUUCAUUCCAACAAACAGUAUUGCGUAUUUGACUCAAUUAAAUGCAGCAUAAUUGAAAAUGCUUGUUAUCCAGUAUUUGCCAACGGAUAGAUAAAACUUUUUGACAUAUUAUAGCUGCAAUCGUUAUUGCCUAUAUCGUUUUUCAUAUUAAUUCGAAUCCCAGUCUGAUUCAAUAUGUCUAACAAUCAAUUUAAUCCCAACGGAUCAGCUAAUGUUCCUAUUCCGAUACCCAACGAAUCCGACGAUCAACCGACUAAUAGCAACGAGCCUGUUGCUGGCAAUCAAACCAUCGAUCAGUUGGCUAGCAUUGCUUUUCCGCCAUCCAGUAUGUCUACUGACGAUCAACCCUCGAUUGACGAUGUAGCUAGCGAUGAUGUAACGACUUCGUUAUCCAGCAUGUCCAUUGACGAUGUACCAAGUGUCACUAAUCAAACUGGCAUCAAUGAGGACGUGAUUAUGACGGACGAUGAACCUGCCAAUCCCAGUAGCUCCUGUCCCGAACAGCUCAAUUACGACAACGGCCUGUGUACCAUUUGUUUGGGUCCACAAGUGGACAAGUCACGUCCCAGAUGCGGUCACGUUUUCUGUUUUGACUGUUUGAAGGAAUGGUGCCGUGUAAAACUGGAGUGCCCAACAUGCAGGCAGCCCUUUACCAACUUUGCUCACAUGAUCACAGGGACAGCUACGAAUGAAACCAGUCAAGUUUACACGCCAGAUCCUCCUGUCGUUCCACCACAAAAUCGGAACAUAACGAUACGUGUCCCCGUCGAAUGGUUGCCUCUUUUGAACGAUCCUCAAUUUCAACGGUUUUUCUUGUCGAUGUUUAUGCCUAUCCAAGCGGGAGGUCAAGCGGAGAAUACUGUUGAACCGACAGCUGAUCCAUCCACCGAUGGCCAAUCAAACACAGACAAUCCAUCGAACAAUUCCAACUAAUUUUUCAAACUGUU